CCCAUCGGCAUUUGCCUGCUUUGAUUUUCCAUCACCACACCCACUUGGUUCGAUAUUUCAAUUUUCAAACUUGGUGCUGUUUUGCCGUUAAGCAAAAGCAUUUACACAAAGGGGCAGUGUUCUGGAUUAAAUUAAGAUAUUCUACAGCGAGAGAAGAGAGAGAGGGGGGGAGGUUUGUUUCCUUUUUUUCUUUCCCGAUGGUGGAAACAGACCCAUCUCCCUUUUACUUGAUAUUAUUCCUUCAGUCACUUUAGAACAAGUUAUUGCCUUAUUGGGGGGAGAGAGACGGGGAUUGAGAGGUUCUGGUCCCUUCUUCCUGCCAUUAUUUCCUGUCACACCCAGUUUCUGAUUUCCUUCAAUUUCCGUUUUUGGCUUCCCUUUUGCAUGAUUGCUUCUUUCGCUAUUUGGGUCUUGAGAGGUGUGGGGCGUUGAAGAGGGAGGAGGGAUUUAAGGUAAAGGAAGUGGGGUGGAGGAGGAAUGACUUGGAGGAGAGUUUUGAAGUCCGUGCAGGCACUUUUGGCCCAUGGUUCACUCUUCUGUUUCACGCUCUUGCUCGUUCUCAAGCUCGAUCAUUUCGUUUCCUACAGUUGGUGGACUAUCUUUUUUCCACUUUGGGUAUUUCAUACGAUUGCUGCUCGAGGAAGGUUCUCAUUACCUGCCCCAUCUCUUCCUCAUAACCGUCAUUGGGCACCGUGCCAUGCUGUUGUUGCAACGCCUUUGCUUAUAGCAUUUGAAAUACUUCUUUGUAUAUACCUCGAGAGCCUUUCUGUUUAUGGUUUUGCCGCUGUGAGUUUGAAGAUUGUCUUUCUACCGUUGCUGGCAUUUGAAAGCAUUAUUUUAAUAGAUAAUUUCAGAAUGUGUAGGUCACUAAUGCCUGGUGACGAUGAAAGCAUGAGUGAUGAGGCAAUAUGGGAGACUCUUCCUCACUUUUGGGUUGCCAUUUCCAUGGUCUUCUUUGUUGCUGCUACAAUAUUUACCCUACUGAAGCUGUGUGGGAAUGUUGGUGCUCUUGGCUGGUGGGACUUGUUUAUAAAUUUUGGCAUUGCAGAGUGCUUUGCCUUUCUUGUUUGUACAAAGUGGUCUAAUCCUGCGAUUCAUAGAAAUAUUCAAACAAGAGAAAGCUGUUCAUCAUCAACAGUAGUUAGAUAUCUAGAUUGGAACAGUGGUAUAAUAGUUUAUCCAGAGCCGGAUCAGCAUCAGGACAGAAUGUGUGGCCUUCAAGACAUUGGAGGCCAUAUCAUGAAAAUUCCCAUAAUUGUUUUUCAAAUCCUUCUCUGCAUGUAUUUAGAGGGAACGCCCGCCGGUGCGAAAAAUAUACCACUUCCUGUUCUUUUCUCGCCCCUUUUUAUAUUGCAAGGUGCUGCUGUUAUUUAUGCUGCAUCUAGGUUGUUGGAGAAAGUUGUACUUCUCUUAAGAGGUGGAUCUGGCACAGCAUUGUAUUUCAGUUUUUCUGCUAGGGCUCAUGCCUGCUUGGAUUUCUUUCAUCAUGGUUCAAGGUUAUUGGGGUGGUGGUCUAUUGAUGAAGGCAGUCGAGAGGAGCAGGCACGAUUGUUCCAUGAGGGUGCAUCCGGGUAUAAUACUUUUAGUGGAUAUCCUCCUGAGAUUGUGAAGAAGAUGCCUAAGAAAGAUCUUGCUGAGGAGCACAGGUCUGGCGCCUUCAAGCGGCACUUGGGGAGCAGACAGAAAUCACCAAAUACAGUCAGCAGGAAUAUGAAAGACUUCAAAAUGAAAAGGUGUUGUGUCGGGUUUGUUUCGAGGGGGAAAUUAGCAUCGUCCUUCUUCCGUGUAGGCAUCGCAUACUAUGCAGCAUCUGCUCUGAGAAAUGUAAAAAGUGCCCAAUAUGCCGCGUCUCUAUCGAAGAACGAUUACCGGUUUACGAUGUUUAGAUCUUUCGUCGAAGCGGAGUUUUGCUGAUAGUGAAGAAGGGGAAGUGUUGGCAGUUGUUGAUACUGAAAAGGGAGGAUAUUUUGGUAUAGAAAAUUGCAGUUGCAAGAUGAUACUAAACUCUAAACCCUGCUUAAACUCCUGUUGUCCCUCUGUUGCAAAUGUAAAUAAGUGGGUUUCUGUGAGGAAAAUUAACUCUGAUAGAGUAACAAAAUUACAAAUACAGGUCUCUGGCACUUGCACUGUAUAAUUCAGGUUAUAUGUCACUUGAUUUUCUGUGUAUAUAGAAAAAUAACUUUUAACUUCAAUUGUAAUUCAAGUUUUGUCCCCCACAGGCAAAGUUGUUUUGAUA